AUGGUUAGUGGGUUUUGCCGUAUACGUGAAGCCUUGAUGGUCAAAGAAGCCAAGGAGAUGGGAAGAGGAGCAGAGGAAGAGGAAUGGAGAGAGAUAAAGAAGAAGAUGCUUAUGUCGUGGCUUCCGUUGCUGUGCCGGGCGAGCAACGGAGCGGAUAAACCGGUGUUGAGAAGCGCGGAACGAGCGGAGCUGGAGAAAAUGUUGGAGAAGAUGAUCUCAGAGCUGAAAGAAGAGGAACAAGAACAAGUUCUCUCACUCUGGCUUCACCAUUACACAAGCUGCUCUUCCUCUGACUGGCCUGACCUCAACGGCUCUUAUGUUCGUUGGUGCGCUUCUUCUCGCCACCUUUUGCUCUUACAUUGCGAUCCCAAAAACAAAGCCUAA